UCGCUUUUUACUUCCGCAUCUGUUCCCGGAAGUGGUUGGUUGGCAUUGGCAACGCUUUAGCCGCUUUUAGCAGGUCUAACGGCGAACAGUCUGAAUAAAGACAUCCAAAGGAGCCAUUAUACACAGAAUCCGUCUGAGGAUUUGUGAACCUCUGUAUCCGUCAGAUCCACCCAGCACAGAGGAGCGAGGAGUGAGUACAGACUGCAAACAGAAUGACCAGCUCAUCUGCUCCCAGGAUCGUAAAUAGUUACAAACGGACUUCGAGCCCUCGAUCCCCUACUAACAGUGGGGAUCUGUUCACCCCGGCACAUGAAGAAAAUGUGCGCUUUAUAAAUGACACCUGGCAGUGUGUGCUCAGAGACAUCAGAUCAACACCAAACAGUGAACGGAAUGACCGUGGACCACAGGAAUAUGUUGAGAAGAACCCAAACCCUAACCUACAUUCUUUCACGCCAGUCGACCUGAGUGACCUCAAAAAGCGCAACACACAGGACUCCAAGAAGUCCUAGUCUUUCUCACGAUGAUCCCGUGGCUUUUUUUCCAACCAUUAUUCUCAAGAACUUUUCCUCCACCGGCCCUGCGUCAGCCAGAAAGUUAGCCCCGUCGGCCGGCUGAAUACGCUCAAUACGAAAUUUCUAAACUCUGGAGCACAUUGAUCGCCGCCAUUUUCUUUACCCUUUUACAGCUGACAACGAAGAAAAGAUCUGGGAUUUCAGGGAGCACAAAUUCUUCCCCACUCUGGGUUCAUGUUUUUUCAAGUCAAAAAAAAAAAAAAAAAUCUACACAUACAUUCUCUAUGUGGACGGGUCUGAUGAAAAACCUUCAUCGAAAUUUGCUGACAUCUCAUGCUGAGGUGCAAACUGUUGCUCCGCAGGACACAAAAGACUGCAGUCUUAAAUCCAAUACUACUACUACUACUUAUACGACUCUGGAGGAAAACACGUUAAGGGCUGACUCAUUUUUUGUUGUUGUUUGUUUUUGAGGAGAUAGAUUGAUUCAAUUGUAGAAGUAGUUGAGCGGUCAGAUUGAACGGGCAGGUUGUGGAAGCCAAAACACAAACGUAGAAGGCCAACAUUUUUAUUAUACGUUUUCUUGCCCUCGGAUGGACUUUAUUAAGUAUAGGCCUCCCCAAAUACGCUUCCCUCGGUUAACUCCCUUACCCCUAAGCCUUGAAACAAAAUGUUGAAUAAAACAAUUUUACAGAA